AUCUAGGCUUUUUUCCGUCUAAUUUUAACGCCACUACUGGUCUCCCUCUUGAUGCCUCUAUUGUUCUCCCUCUUCUCGUCGAUUGCUUCUUGCCCACUGUUCCUUCGCCGCCCCACGCUUCUUUGCCGCUCACCGCCCCACGAUCGAAACAUCUUCUUCAUCCCUCAACCCUGUUGUUCACAUACAUCUUCUUGGGUUCGCAGGAUGUUAAUGCAGGAUUGAUCUUUCUUUCCUCUCUUUGUCUUUCUUCAGUUCAUAACCCUUAUUUCAAGUUUGGUGGAGGAAGAAGAAACUUCUGCUUAUUGUCGUCUCCUGGCGGAUAGCAUAGCAAGAACAGAAGCAGAGAGUGCUUCGAGAGCAGAUCUACGAAGUAUAUUUCUUCUUUGAAUGUUUGUCAUCGCAAGACGAAGAAGUAGAAUUAAAAGAGAUGGAAGAGCAAGAGCAUCUACAAAUAGAGCAAGACCAUGUUGAAGAGGAUGAACAUUUAGAAGAAGAGAAAGAAAAUUUAGAAGAGUCAGAAGAACAUCUUGAGCCUAUGGUUAGUGUUGUGCAUACUGUUAUGGAUAUAUUUUAGGGCUUUUUAGGGCUUUUUUUGUUUCGGCCCUGAUGAAUCCUAGAGUGUCUUCUUCUUCGCCUAUUCUGCUCCGAUCAGGGCGUACGGAGUCAGAACCGAAGUGGUCUGAGGAGUCUGAUCUGAAGUCGUCUGAGGAUCCAAAGUCGUCGGAGGAAGCAUAUACGAAGUCGGAAGCAGAUGCAGAUCCGGUGUCGGCGAAAGGCGAUUCCGAAGCUCAGGAGUCCGAUCCGGCGAACGGCGAUUUUGUACCUGAUCCGGAGAAGUCCAAUCCGGCCGAUCACUUCUUCUUCUUCUUCUUCUCAGGUAUAUCUCUCGUGAGAAUCUCCAAUAGGUCUAUAUUUUAGAAUUGGCAAAACAGAAUAGGAACUGAACCUGAUGAUCCAAAACGGAAACCAAAAUGCUCCAAAAAGUGUAGAUUCGAUCAAUAAUCAAAUAACUGGAAUUUAUUACUGAAUUCUGGUAUGAUUUAAAAUGUGGCAAUGUAUUGCAAUCCCCUAGAUAUUAUAAAUGAGUUAAGUUCUAAACCCUUGUUUGUAGUAUAAAUACCUUUGUAUUAUCCACUGCUCCUUUAUUUAAUCCUUAUACUUAUUUGUCAAGUUGUCUAUUUAACAUAUAGAAAGAAAAACUUUUGAGAGCAAACCAAACAGAACAGAUUUUAUUACAUAAGCUGAAAUACAAAUGCCCAUCUAAAACACAAUAGAUGUUCUUCAAAGUAAAGGAGAUACACGCAAACACACAAACUUGAAAUAAAAUACUUAAAAAGAAGCACACAGUCACACAAAUAGUCCAAUGACCCUAUGUCUUUAAUCUCUCUCAAUCUUAACUCUCACCCUUGGCCUUUUUCCAUUUUCAUGGUUCUCAUAAUCAAAUUCACUCAUCUAAUCUCAUUUCAAACCAAGAGCUGUGUCCAUUUUUUCACCCCCAGGUUUCACACAUUUUUUAGACCCAACGCCUGAGUGUGAGCAAUAUUUUCCUGCCCAAAAAAAUGUCAAGCUAACAAUGUUUUAAAACUGAUUAUUAUUUAUAGUUCAAUUAUUCAAAAAAAAAAGAGAUUCAAACCUGCAACUAUUCUCAUUUAACGACUCCCAGCCAGUAGUCUAGUUCACAACACUUACGUGGCUAGAUUUCCAGUUUCAUCGAUCACCCUUAUCUUGAGUCUAUACCUGUUAUGAAAAAUGAUUAUAAUUAAAUCCAUAUAUAUCUAAAUAAAAAGUAAAGGUAGUCAAAGUUAGUACAUUAAAUUGGCACCCUUAGCGAAGCAAACAUCACCGUAGUAUUUACCAUGUUGGGGGGACAGCUUCCUAGGACAGUUAGUGCAAGAAGUGUAGCAUCAUGAACCAUGCAUUUCAAUGCCAAUAAGAGUAUAGAUCAAAUUAAAAAAAUUCUGCGCUACAUUUAACAAUCAAAGUCUAAUUAUUUUUUGAAGGAAUGUGUAAUAUAUUAUUUUAGUGGCAAGCUCUUUCCUUUCCCAAACUGCCUUGAUUGUUUUUACCCUCCAAUUAAGUGAUGAUCCCAAAUCACUGCUAGAUCAGCUGCUCAAACUUAUUAGUUUAGUUAUAUCAGGAUGCGUUAUGAACCAAUGUGAACACAAGAACUUUAUCUUAAACAUUUCAUUGGUGUAUAUGACUCUCUCUCUCUCUCUCUCUAUAUAUAUAUAUAUAUAUAUUGAAGUACACAAAUCUUUUUUUGCAAAUACCUAUUCCUGUAGCCACUAAUCUCAGUGCACUAUUGGUCCGUUAUCAAUGGAGAGAUAUUAUAGUAUGCAGAUGGAUAUUCUUUAAUGGAGCCUGUACCAUGAUUAGAAAAAAGUGAAAUUUGUAGUGAAUAGGACUAAAACAUAAGUCAUUUC